UUAGCUGACGGACUGACGCCGUGACCUACCCAAGCGAUUCUUGCAGAAGCCCAUCUUUGCAAGCACCGUGGAAACUGAUAUAUCAACUGCUUGAUUAUUCGUCGCUCAUCAAUUUUCUUUAAACGCACGGACCAUUUGCACUUCCUUGGCGUCCGUAAUUAUGUAAUUCGCAUAUUUUACUUCCAAUUUGAUUUAAAAUAGGCAGCAAUGUGUUGAAAGGAUUGUGUUCAUCCCCUUUUUCGGGACGGCAAGUGUGGGACGCACUGAUGUUGGACGCCGGAUGGACGAGGUUUUUCCUCUUGCGCUUUUAAGCAAGUGUCUGGAAGAGGGAUGAAUACCGUUAUUUAAAGCCAUUAUAGGCUGCUUUCCCCUUGUGGGUUUACGCAUAUUGUAUAUACUGUUCACCAAACUGAAGAAGUCGGAAACCGGACUGCCGCCCUGGGGUGAGAUGCAUAACUAUAAAUAUAAUUAAAGAAUACUUAUAUUUAUAAUAUGCUGGCCCUCCAACUUUAUUGGCGUUAGGUUGGCACUCAGAGGGGGUUAUAAAAUGUAAGCUUGGCAGUCUGUCGCCCGGUACAGUAAAUCUGUUAUCGAAGAACUUUGGUUUUCAACGUUGUGGUUGAUAGCGACUAGAGCGCCCCUUUCCAUUUCCCAUGGUGAUAUUUUUUGGUGGUCGCAGUUCAACUUUAGAAAAAUGAAAUUGACCGGAUCUGUCCAAGCAAGGCGUAUGUUUUUCAAAGCUCUCACAUGCCACCAAUAACGAAGAUUCAAGGACAAGUAUGUGUCAAAAACUGUUCCUGGAAUCGCCUGUUACACAUUUCGUCGCCUAACGGGGGAGAGUGGAUUAAGUUGUUCAAAACAGUCCAGUUCUAUGCGUCCAAUACUUGUUUACUUACCACGCUGGUUGUGAGAAGCGCAAAGGAGGAAUGCUGAUCCGUGACAUCUUGCCGCUCAGCUUAAGUUUUUGGCCUUUUCUGUUUGGUCAUUGCUUUUUCACAUCAUUUUUACUUUUGUUUCAGUUUACUCAGGGGGAACUUCAGAAGUCAUGCUCACGGGCGAUAGCGGAGAAGGUGAGCGAAAGCUGCCAGCUGGCAUGCCAGUGUAGACCCUACCCUCCUCUACCUCCCCCGCCUCCACCACCACCGCCCCCCAGACUACUCGUCUCCACGGUGACAGGACCUACUGUGCCCCAGAUGAAACCAUGGUGGAAGGAGAUAGUAGUACUAGGCACUGUGGGAUGUGCCUCCGUGGCCUUCCUCUUGUUAACUGUAAUUAUCUGCUACAAGGCUAUAAAGAGAGAUACUCAAUCCUGGUCCUGGAGAGCCACAGUCAGCAGGAAACCACUGCGGAAGGAGGAGAACGGGACCAGCCGGGGGGAGUACGCCAUGAGCUCCCGCAACAAGAAGACGGUGGACACCAACAAUGCUGUGGUCUAGAGGACGCACGGACGAGAAGCGGACGGAUCCCCACCACCAUCGCCCCUCCCCCAGGCCUGCUCCCCGACAAACCCCCGGUCCGCAAAAACGCAACGAGGGCGGGGACAUUCAUUUAACGCACCUUGCCAACUGUGGUCACCCACCACGGCUUCGCUAGCAAAUUAGAAAAUAGAGGCAGAUGAGGCGGUGAGAGACGAGGAGAUAACACGCUGUGUGGAGUGAGACAGACUGAGCUUCCAGCGUCAGGGCCUCCUUAACAUGCAAGGCUGGACGGUGCCAUUCUGAACAGGAAGUCGUGUCUGCUGAGGAAGGGUUUGACGGCUGACAUCUCGGGAGGAUGAACCUGCCAGUCUGCACUGCUCCGAGAAAUGACACCUCAGAGACACUUUAAACGAUAAGAACACUUAAUUACAAUAACAAGAGAAAAAAAAAUAACGCAUGCAGUUUCCAUGGAAUGCAAAAAUCUUCUAGAUUUUUCCACGCCUCUCUUUUUCUUCAUGAGUCCACCUUUUAUUUUGUAGUCGUUUGUUUUCGAGGCUUUGUUGAUAGUGUUUCUUGAUACUAGUGGCACAGUACCCCCCUAUUGUAUUCUCUAUCUAAUGUCAGUUCCUCCUCCUGCUACAUAGCAUUUCAAAAACACCAUGGUACCCUCUGCCUAUUUGCAAAAAAGAGAGCAUUAAAACAGUGAAUACCCAAGCAAGUUCAUACUGCAAUGGGUUGCUUCCCGACUAUGCAAUUUAGAAAGGGAAUAUAAUGGCAAAGGGGCCUCCUCUAUUACAAUACUUUUAGCCACUCGGCAGAUACUCUUACGUGGAGAGACUUUUACUCAGCUUCCAUUUUCUACAUAGUACCCUCUUAUACAGUUGAAUAUACACUCAGUGAAGACUUUAUUAGGUACACCAGCUUGUUCAUGCAAAUAUUUAAUCAGCCAAUCAGGGGGCAGGAACUAAAUGCAUGAAAGCAUGUAUACAUGGUAAAGAGGUUCAGCUGUUUUUCAGACCAAAUGUUGGAAUGGGGAAGAAAUGUGACCUUUGACUGUGGAAUGAUUGUUGGUGUCAGACAGGAUGGUUUGAGUAUCUCAGAAACUGCUGAUCUCCUUAAUUUUCAUGCACAACAGUCUCUAGAGUUUGCAGAGAAUCAUGCGGAAAACAAAAAAACGUCCAGUGAAUUGCAGUUCUGUUGGGAAAAUGCCUUGUUAAUGAGAGAGGUUAGAGGAGAAGGACCAGACUGGUUAAAGCUGACAGGAAGGUGACAAUAAUGCAAAUGACCACACAUUACAACAGUGGUAUGCAGAAGAGCAUCUCUGACACACUAUGCGUCAAACCUGUAAGUGGAUUGGCUACAGCAUCAGAAGACUUAAUAAGUUAAAUGAAUAAGUCUAAUAAAUACCUAAUAAAGUGCUCACUGAGUGUAUACUGCAGAAGAUAAGUACCUUGCUCAAGAUGACGACUGUAUCCCUACCUGGUAACCAAACCUGACAACCUGCAACUACUGGGUUACAAGCCCUCACCAUUAUACUCCAUUAUCGUCUGUAUGUUUGUUUGUCAGAAAUGGUUGUAUACCUAAACCAUGUCUAAAUUCUAAAACAAACUUGCAUAGAGCAGUAACCUUUUGGUGCACUUGAGCAUGUGUUGAUAGAUGUCACUCGAUUGUAGAUUAUACAGUAAGUGCAUGCACAUGCUUCUAAAUAACCAUCAAUGCCACCACAUUGCCAUAGGUGAGGUCCACCUGUCUGUAGCAAAAUAUCACCAAAAUACCAAAUGAAGUGGGACUGGAAGAAUGUAAGAUAGUUUCACUGUGCAAAUUAUAUUCAUCAAAGUCUUGAUGGGAAAUGAGGUUACUUUCUUAUCUCAAAUUAUUGUAUGCUACCUUCCUGUAGGCUACUUACAAUGUGGGUUAUGUUUAAAGAAAUAUCACCACAUAGAGAAAAAGAUCAUGGCAGAAGGGUUUGGUGUUACAGCUCUUGCAUUUGGAUGAGAGAAUACGCUGUAUCAUUUGGGCAUUUUCAGUGUCUAGUAUUAUCCCGAACUGCAACAAUGACCACCCCUUCCUAUUGGGUAAAUACUAAAUGUUUUCUUAAAAGUUUGUUUUUCCCUUAUACUAAGGCCAAUUUAUCAGUGGGGUAAAAGUCUUUCUGCUCCUUGGCAAAGAGGAUCAAUCUACACGUGACAUUGUGAAAUAUGUAGCUAUUUAAUGCAUGUGCUGAGAAUUUAAAAGAUUCCCCAUACAUAUCCCGGGAACUGUCCAUUAGUGAUAUAAAUAGUGCUGUUGGUAAAAUGUUGUCAUACCAGUCUUACAGCUUAUUCAUAUUACCGUAGCUACGACUUCUCAGAAUUAUAGGUAAAAUGACAAAACAUUUUGAUUAUUCGAGUUUUGGCAUGAACUGCCUGCUUAUCACUGCAGCCCAGUCUGUCUAAAUAGCAUUAUACAUCAAAUGUGGAGCUGCUGUGAAUAUUUCAUCUUGCAUUCGUUAUUAUAUUGAUGAAUCUUUCCAUCCAGAUGUAUCUGCACCCAUUACAAUCAGAUUUGAUCAGAGCAUAAUUUGGUGAAUGAGACCCAAGGAAUUGGUUCAUAAUUUCAUUGGAAAAUAACUGUUUUGUUUUAAUUUUGUUUAAUGGUAUAUUUUGCCCCUUGUGUCAGAACACUAAUAAUUAUUUACUGACUGAAGACUGUUAUUACCCAAGGCUACUGUAACAGCUAUCUUAAAAUCCAUUCAUGUUUAUUUAUUCAAUUGGUUUAUUAUUUAUUCAACUGUAAAUGUAUGGCUUUUCUUUGUCUUAAUCAGUGUUCUUAUUGCUGUGUCUAUGUCAACUCUCAUUUUCAGUGUAGGCCUACAUUUGUAAAUAAUUCUGUUCUGAUGGAGUGUAAUCUCCAUCUUUCAGCUAAUACUAUACACCCUGUUUCAGUGAACUAUGUGUGUAUGUGUGUGCAUGCGUGCAUGUGUGGGAGCGUGUGUGUGUGUGUGUUUGUGUGUGUGUUUCUGUUGCUUUUUGUGCGUGUGUGUGCAUGUGUAUGUGUAUGUUUGAUUCAAGACAGGCUUUUGCAAACUAAUCCUAAUGUUCAAAGAGAGAGAGUGAGUGAGAGAGAGAAAGAGAUAGAGGAUAAGCAACAGGAAGUGCAUUGUCAAUUUAUUAAUGUGAUUCCAUGAUAAUUCUUCUUUUUCACCUGAGGGUGGCCCAUCGCUAUAGAAACUGAAGAGAGCUCUGAGUAAGGUAGUUGGUCCCAGGUAUCAACCAGCAACUACUCUGGGGAGAGUUUGAAGAGAAAGGGUGGCCGUUUUGUGCAAAGCUCUUUUGGCAACUUAUUUCCAGGGUGAGAUUGCAUGUCAUUGUGCCAUUGAUUAUAAACUAGCAUUGACAUUGGGAAUAAAGGAUGAUCUUUCUCCCUUCGAUUAAUAGGUGACAUGCAAUUGAACAGAGAAGUUAUAGAAUUAUAUUACAGCUUGUGCAGCCUAUAGUAUUUUAAUCACAUUUCUACAUUGGUUGCAUUUUGUGUUGCAUUUAAAAAUGUGUUUCAUUCUUGCAACAAAUUAGCUGCACUUAAAUUUGAAGUAGUUAAUUCUUUGCUGUAGAAAAUCACUUGAGAGAGCAGCUCUCCCAAAAUAAUGACAAUACACUACAUUGUGAAAUGACCCUCAUAAGAAGAUGUAUUUCGGGAACGGAUCUGAGCCUCUUCUUUAUAUUUUUUAAUUAUGUAAUCUUUUCAUGUCACCUAUAAUAAAGCCUCUUAUAUUGCUGAAUACACAUGGCAAGGAUAUAAAAUAAAUUUGGCCAAACAUUUUGUCUUUCGGAAAACAACUGUAUGAUGCAUUAUUUUAUUUUCAAACUUUGAACCUUGUGGGCUGUAGUACUGUAGGUGUGAGGUAGUGUUAGAGGUGUGUAGGCAUUUCCAAUUCAGUGGAUUUACAUCACUCUAAAUCCCUCUGUUUAACAUGAUUAUUCAAGCAAGAUGUGGGUUUAACAGGCUCUAUGCAUUUCACAAAUGUGGUCGUAUACAGCAUAAGUUCAGCCCUGCUGUUGCUAACAUAGAAAACAUUUACAGCAGAGAGGCACUUUUUGGUGGCUAAUACAGCAUACACAUUCAAACACAUUUCCAAGCUUUUCAAAGUAUAUACAGGAAAUCCCUAUUUAACCUAAUAUUCUGUGCAGACUGGGUGAAAUGAAUCUCCAUUCCAAGUAACAGUGAUGAUGUCUCUUACUUAAAUGCUAUAAAUCAGUGUGAAUGUGUGAAUGUGUGUGUGUAAAUGUGUGCCCGUGUUAUGCAUACGGUAUGUGUGUGUGUUUCCCUGUUGUAGAAUAAAGUGCUCUGAGUUUGCAAGCACAGACCUUGCAUUGUGACAUAUAACUGCAUAUCUACGGUGUACCCAGCAUCUGAGCAUACAUCUGUAUUAUAUUAUGUACAAUACUAUAAUCUGAAAAAUAAUGCAUGAAUGUAAAUAUUAAUAUAAAAAAACUGCCUUCUUGACUGUAUCACAUGUACAGAGUAAAAGAAAACAUGUUUAUAGGGAAAUAUAUAACAACAGAUAUGCUACAAAUCAGAAUUUACUGUUGUCAUGUUUCUGGAACAAGCCAUUAAUGUAUAUUUUGGUAAAUAAAGGUUGUUGCACAAUGUAUGCAUAUAUAUAGUGCAUUGAACUAAUUUAAUUGCAACAUGCUGACUUUUUUAGUUUUAAAUAAAAUUGUACUUUAAAAA